AUGAGUGAUCUCUGUCAAUCGUGGGUAUCCAAACGGUAUUUGCACGGCAAAGGCAUCGUCUGUGCAUUGCCCGAACAGCAGAGAACGCGGAAGAUGGUCUCCCUUAGCGGUGCCUUUCAGUCCAGUCCAACGGACACGCCCACCACGGGAAGCAACAAGAGCAGCUAUGCCCUGGAUAUUAGUGGUCUAAGGCCAAGGCAUAGCAGUGACCGCGGCUCCCUGGCCGAGGCGCCCCCAUCUUACCAUACUUCAAUUGUUAACCGUGUUUUUUCGCGGCGCCGCACAAUAGACGACCUGAACCGAAUUGUCCUUCAAAAGAUCCCAAUCAGUGACUAUUUCAGUGAAUUUGAGAAAGAUGUCCUUCUGUCUACGUGGGCAGUGCUGAGUGAGGAGGCUGACAGGCAUGCGACCGCCGUUUUCAAUUUAGCCUGCCAAAUGUUUCCAGGUUUAAGAAAUAUUUUUGGAAUCUCCUGUGAAAAUGACGACCAAGAUUGCUGCGAAAGUGAGGUAGGCAAGCGGCAUCGCGAUGCCUACAUGAACAUGAUUAACGACGCAAUCGAGUGCUUGGAAUAUCCCAGAGAGGAUUUCUAUGACGACCUGCUUGUCGCUGGAGCGCACUAUGCAACCAUUCCGGGAAUGAAAACCGAAUACUUUAAGGUCAUAAAGCGGGCCACCCUCGUCACAUGGAACGCCCUCCUGGGCGAAGAGUUCACGGAGGACGUAAAACAGUCCUGGCAGUCCCUGCUGGAUUACAUCAUUACGGUAAUAUCUGAGGGUUGCCGUAUCUACGAACAGGAGGAAGAACGUGCUCUGCUGGACGCCUCGCCACAGCUAAGUGAGACCCUGUUGAGAGCGUUGCGGGCGCGCCCCAGCGUGGUCAGCAUGACUGAGGAGGAAUGGAAGUUGUUCCAUUCGCUUUGCAGAUGA